CUAGGUUAGAGGGUUUCACAUUGACCUCGAUCGCGACGUAAAAAGGAAAAAAAAAAUAAAAAAAUAAUAAUAAUAAUAAAGAAAACAUCCCCAAAUCAUUGUCUAUAUUAUAUAACAAUUAAAUAAGCCGUUAGAUUUUGAUGAAAUCGACAUUUUUUGUUCAGACCACGCCGUAAUGGUUAGGCUACAACGACAUCCAGAUCCGAGCAAACGAUUAGAAUCGACAACGGACAAGAUGGUGUCCACUCGAGGAGUCAAAUUUAAAUUUUCCGAAGGCGAAAAAGUCCUGUGCUACGAGCCGGAUCCGACCAAAGCUAAAGUAUUAUACGAAUCUAAGGUUCUUGAACUCGUAGUCAGCAGGGAUAGUAAAGGAAGGAAAGCACCUGAAUAUCGCAUCCAUUUUUAUGGCUGGAAUAGCAGUUGGGAUCGAUGUGUUUCAGAAGAUUUCAUUCUCCCUGAUACUGAAGAGAAUAGGAGUUUACAAAAGAAAUUGGCAGAAGAAGCUGCACAGAAACUUAAUCAGCAGGAAGAAGAUGGAGAAAAAACUGUAAAUAUCACUAUACCAAAUACUUUGAAAGAAAUAUUGGAGCACGAUUGCUUUCUUAUCACUCAGAAAAAUAAGUUAAUAAAACUACCAUGUGAAGUCAAUGUGGUUUCAGUUUUAGAAGCUUAUGUGAAGAAUCUUGCUGUAAAUUUAUUAUGCGCAUCGCCUCCCAAAGCUAGUAAACACGGUUCUCGAGCAUGUGUAAUACCAGCCGAUGUCGAAGUCAAUAUUCAGUUGUGUCGAGAAGUAAUGGACGGCUUACGAGUGUAUUUCGAUUUCACACUACCUCAUCUACUUCUCUAUAGACAAGAACGUAAACAGUAUAGCACGGUAACAACGGUUUGUCGACCAGUCAUUAAUAUGAAAAGUGAAGCAGUUACUGAAGAUGCUAUUCAAACCUCUCAAGAUACUUUGUCAAAAGAUCAUCAAGAACCUCCUUCAUCUUUGUCAGAAAACAUGUCAAAAAAUAAUUUUCCUACCACGCCACCUUUUUCCCCUUCAUCCAAGACUCGAUCCACUCGUCAUCGUCAUGGCUCCAUCGUCUCACACCAGCCCCUUUCUACCACAGAAAAUGGACUGGGUUCGCCCAACACUUCACCCAAGUACAAAAUCUUAAGAAACCAGCAUUCUAAGGAUGCAAUUGUUAUAUCAGCAGGUGAAAAACCCACAGUUUCUGACAAACGUGUGUUACGUUCGACAGAAAGACUGCGAUCAGUGACAGUUACAAUAAGUACUGAAGCCUCUUUUGGCAACACCCAGGAGAAAGAGUGUUCAGAGACCGACACUCAAACAAAGUGUGAACCAACAGAUUCUCAGUCAAGUCCAACGCGAUCGAGUCGUCAAAGUACAAAAAAUACAACUCAUCAUUCGUCGUACUCUUCAUUCUCUGCAAACACAUCACAAGCUUCGGUCAGUCAUAAUCAUUCCACGGUGACAUCAUUCACUCAACGGGUCAAUCCACCACCGCCAUUAAAUAUACUAACCAUUUCAAACUUCAGUUCAUCAUCUUCGUCUACUAAUUCAAGCGUUUCGAGUCCCACCCUCAGCGGAGCAGUUUAUCACAUGGCAAAAGCAUCAGAGGUUCUGAGUGAAGUGUUAUCUUGGAGAAUGUUGCCUUCGCACAUAUAUGAACACGUUCCGGCUCCACCAUCUUUGUUAUACGGUGCACAACAUCUGCUACGUCUUUUCGUCAAGCUACCGGAACUCAUACACAGAAUGAACUUACCUCAUCGUAAACUGGUCCCAUUACUCGACUACAUAAACAAUUUCCUCGAGUACAUGGCCGAACGCAAGGAGGAGUUGUUCUUCAGCUCGGCGUAUGUAGAUGACACCGAAGGAUGCCCCGUGGAAGGCGGUACAUGACACGCGUAGCCAUCGAACCAAACCAUGUAUCAUAAUGUACAGUAAUAAAACUUCACAUAUUCAAAUUGUAAUUAGCUACGAAUGUGUUAGCUUUUAGUGAACACUGGGUACAAACCGUAAAACUUUCAUCAUGUAAAAAUGCAUGAAGUUAAAACUUCAUUAAAUGUUUCCUGUUUCUUGAGUUGCAUCAAAUGUAAUUGUUGACAUUCUCAAUGAACUAAAACAUUAAGAACAAUAAAUUUCCAUGUAAUCUAUAAUAAUAGUUUUAUGGAUUUUAAAAUCUAAGAAUAUUUGAAAAAAAAAAUUCUUCAUAAGACAAAAUGU